UUUAAUUUUGGAUGCUAAUCAUAACAUUUGCCGACGUCGAACAGCUGCAUUAGCGGCGAACACGAGCUCGAGGCUGCCCGCGGGAAUCUGUGGCUGGGCUUAUUGUAGCAGUGCGUUUAAAUUUCACUCUUGACAAUCGCGUCUCCAAGAUGAGGGACAUCAAUGCUGAUAGAAUGGCGACCUGAACUGGGACAACAACAAAAAAGAGCGAUCUUCACGACUUCUGCUUAUGGUCUGAUCGGCUGCGCAGAAAAUAGUAGCUGGCCGGAGCACCGUGCGCUGAGGUCUUGUGGGUGGAGAAAGCAUGUUCAAGAUCGAGUCCUAUGUGACUCCCCUGAUCCUCAGCUAUGUCAGCAAGUACGUCAAGAAUAUACGCCCCGAAGACUCGCAGCUGUCCUUGUGGGGAGGCGACGCGGUGUUCAGCAACCUCGACCUCCGGCUGGAAGCGCUGGAGCAGGAGCUGCGGCUGCCGUUCCGCCUCGUCAACGGCCACAUCCACGAGCUGCGGAUCCACGUACCGUGGACCAAGCUCACCUCGGAGCCCGUCGUGGUCACCAUCAACACAAUCGAGUGCGUGCUGCGUCUCGGCGAUGCCUCCUCGGCUGGCUCGAGCGCUUCCUCGUCGUCUGCUUCGUCCGCGGCCACCGCGUCUGCUCGCCUCCGGAGAGUCAGCUCGGCGCGUCUUUCCAGUGCGGAGGGCUCUUCGCAGUCCCUGGCCCAGCCUCCCAGUGGCUAUCUGAGUGGCCUGCUGCAGCGAGUGUUGCACAAUGUGACCAUUGUGCUCAACAACGUGAUCCUCAAGUAUGCCGAGGAAGACCUGGUGCUCUCUCUCAACAUCAAGUCCGUGGAACUGGCCUCGGCGGAUGCCGCUUGGCAGCCGGCUUUUGCCCAGCUCUGGGCGGAGGACCUCGUCCUGCGGAAGCUGAUCUCCAUGCAGGACGUCACUGUCUGCCUCGACAAGCGUGACGCCAGUGGCAAGAUCGAGGCAUACCAAGAGCCCCUUCUUUACCGCUGCUUCGUGGCGGGAAGGGUGCACAUGCCCUAUGACGGCGCCGGCAACCCUGUGGCAAUGCGCUGCCACCUGUCCUGCGAGCGGCUCGACCUGUCGCUGACGGACCAGCAGCUCCCUCUGUUCCUGCGUCUGCUCAAGCUCUGCCUGGCGCUCUACUAUGGCCGCCUCUCCUGCCCUCCUGGGGAGGAGCCGGCAGCGGCGGCCUCCUCGCAAGAACGCGCCGGUUCUCCCUCUUCCGCUUGGAUGCCGUCCGGAGCCUUUUCCGAGGGCGGAGCCACGGACGACCAGGACCAAGGGUGGGGCGCCUGGGCCUGGUCGAUGGUGCCCCAGAUCCUGCCCGCCUGGGAGGAGGAGCCAGGCAUGGAGGGCAGCCCGGGCGACGCCCAUCUGGGGGACGCCGCCCCCUGGCCCACCCUGUACCACCUGGGAUGCUACGUGGAGAAGAUGACCUGCAUCUUUAAGACGACGGCGGAGGAGUCUACGGGGAGGGGCACGCGACGGCAAAGUUCGGCGGGUCGUCCGCUGGUUCAGUUGGAGCUCCACGGUUCGUCCGCUGAGCUUGCGCUGCGAGGCGUGACCUGGGUUCACUUCCAAGCCGGGGUGACCGGUGCUGCCAUAUCUGGAUCAGAACGCUGUGCCUGUGGUUUCGAAGAGACGGCCCGCAGGGGUCGCCACAAGGGGUUGUCGACCUACCUCCGGGCGGGCGUGACGGCUGGCAGCCACACGUACAGCCACCUCACGGGCUCCCUGUUCGACCCCCUGGCCCCCGAGAACUCGGGGCUGCCAAGGGAGCCCGAGCCGGGGCUGGACGGCCACGUGGAGCGCCUGACAGAGCUCGCCAUGGCCGAGCGCUUUCCCGCCCUCUGCCUCGACUACCUCUACGAGCUGCAGGUCCCCGAGGACUGGGACGACUCGGAGGAGGCAGUGGAGAUCUCUGCUGCCUUCCUGGAGACAUCCAAUUGGGUGGAGCGCUCGCUGUGCCGUUCCGUGAUUGGUCCCUCCGUGGUGGACAUCACGAGCGGAGCUGUUCACCGAGUGCUGUGGCUUGUGGAGUGCGCCACAAGCGUGCCACAGCGACCUGCCUACGGACCGGAGGAGUUUGAGCCUGUGCACUUCCCGCUGCCCCUGCCCGACGAAGAACAGCUGGAACGCAUGUCUCAGUUUGCUCCGAGCCGUACCUACCGGCUCACGGUGCUCAAGCCCAGGGUUCGUCUGUGCCCCAGCACCCACUGCGCCGGCGACGCACCUCGCCAGCAAACUCUCCUUCGUAGGAGGUCUCUACGGGAAGAGUCGCCGGUGUCCGGGGGUGGGCCCAGCGCCCUUCCGGGCUCCUGCCUGCCCCUGCUGGAGCUGCAGGUAGAGUGCCUGGACGUCUCGGUGGGACGCCCCAUGUACCCGGGCAAGAUGACGACGCUGCUUGCCACCGACGAGGGCCGUCUGCCCGAGACCCUCAGGCAUCAGUGCUUCUCUCACCUCCAGGCCAAGCUGUUUGGCCUCUCGGUGGACCUGGCCUCUGCGUCGAGCAAGGCGGCCUCGCGACCCCCUGCCCGGGUGGUGCUGCUGGACCCGGCAUGGGCCACCUUUCGGUGCCAGUGGGUGCCGUGCCCGCCCCUGCUGGCCCAUGGGCCGGAGUCCCUGGCCCGUACCUGGGGCUGCCUGGAGGUGGGGCCCCUGCGACUCUCGGCCAGCAAGCAAAGGGCCAUGGCCGCCCUCGGAGUGGCCCUGUCUUGGCCCUGGGGGCCGGGAGUCGCUGCCACCCUGGGGGCCUCCUCUCUCGUCGGCAACCUUUCCGGCGAAGGGAGCCCGAUGAUACAGGUGUCCGUCGGCAGAGCAUCGUGGACCUUCUCCGAAGACGCCCACUCCACGACGCAUUCGGCCGACGUUGUCUCUAUCUCAGCAGUCCUUCACGACAAAGACAGGAGCACGGUCCUCGUGCAUGCCCCCGAGAACACGGCGCAGGCGGUGCACCUGGCGAGGCACGAGGGCGAUCCUGACAGGGACCUAAACCGCGCCGAAGAGUCUUGGAUCAGGGCAACAGCCAGGGUGCCACUGGACUGGACCAAAGAAGCAGAGACCGGAUUUGUGGUGGUCAAAGUUAAGGGUGUUGUGCUGGUGUGCGACCCUGCCCUGGUGACCUGGCUGGCACCCCUGCCCAUGAUCUUCCCCACGGGGUCAGAGUUCAGCCCGGGUCCCGUGCCUUUCUCGCCCACUGCGAGCGACGACGGUGGGCUGACCUUUUCCGACGAACGGUCCCAAGACCUUCCCAGAGAAGCACGUGGAUCGGCCAGCGGUAGCCAGAGGAGCGGGCCCAGCCUGACAAGUCCGCCAGUGGCUGUGGGGCUCCCCAAGAGGACCAACCCUGCGAGCAGCGAAGUCUCGCAGUGGAGCAACCCGGCAAGCAGUCCGAGCAACCUCGGAGUGCGUGGCUGGCUUCGAUCCGCCUACGCUCGCCUGAGGACGUUCUCCGUUCAGGUUGGGGUGGCCAACGUCUGCCUCCUGUUUCCAAAGUCGCCGCUCCUGCUGUCCUUCCCGAGGCAGGAGCUCGGCCCUCCCGACGCCAGCGUGCCGUGCGUGCUUCCAAGAUGGCGGCGCCACCUGAGGGAAGGGGCGGCGGGGAGCGUGGCAUGCCUGCUGCUUCCCGCUCUCAACGUGACGUCCACCGACCCCAAGUCGAAGCGGGGGCCAACGGCCGGUGGGACGGCCGAGCAUCACGAGAGCGAUCCCGGGGAGCGGUUUCCAUGGUGCGUGCGUCUAGGCUCGUGGGCGGCCUUCGAGGCCCACGGUGCGCACGUGCGCCAUGUCCUCAAGCCGGCCUCCCUGUCGUGCACCGUGGCGCUCACAUCGAGCCAGGGCCAGGACCGCCGCCUCUUGCAGCUGGGCCUCUGCAUCCAUGUGGACGUGGAGCCAUGCCACCUCAGCCUCUCAGCCAAACAGCUUGACAGCAUCCGCCAGACGGUGGUCCUGUUGGCCUCACUCCGACGCAGCUUUGGGGACACGCUGGGCUGGUACAGGCAAGCCAGUGCAGUUCCCAGUUCCGCAGAAUCGUUUGUUUCGAGCACCCUCGGGCACCGCUUCCCGGUUCCCAAGCUGGUGCCGAGCAGGAGCGUGAGCCUGACCGAGUCGUGCGACAAAGUGCCUGAAGUGCCCUCCGGCAGUGUGUCAGGAGCUCGGGACGAUGCCGGCGUUGGCCCGACGUUGUGGCUGCAGUGGACGUUGCCCAAGGUCGGGAUCAACCUGUUUGGAAGUGGUAGCGAGGGAUCAUCUGCCAAGGAUGUCUGGCUACAACUUGAGGCAGAGGAGGUGACAGCUUCGCUCGACGUGCAAGAAGUGUACUCCAAGGUCAAGCUCAAGAUGUCAACUUUCAACAUCAGCUGCUUCGAGAAAAGCUCUGUGGCGGCGUCCGACACCGCCUGGGAGCCCGGGCCCUACGAAGGCGUCGUGUUCAGUUGCUCGGAGAAGCUGAACCGACAGACCUCCGUCGGGAAGAGCGCCACCGCCGCGGCGCUGGGGCAGCAGCCCAAGCAGACGGACUUUCUGAACCUGACCUGGACCCGCGCCCUGUGCGCCCACGUCCGCAGGAACAUGCACAAGCCACGCAAGGACUUUACCCCGCUGACUGAGGUGGAGCGUCAGGCGGUCAAGCCCCGCUACCUCAGCGAGGUCGACCUGCGACUCGCCGCCUUCGACAUUGUCCUGCACACACGUGUCGCCGCCGUGGCCGCCGAGAUGGCGGCUCCACUGCACCGACUGACCGACCUGCUGCGAGUGCCGCUGGAGGCGUCUGCGCCUUCCAAGAGCGCCCCGAAGAGGCCCAAGGGCUGGGAGCUGAACAGCCGGGCCCUUCCCCUCGUCUACCUUGCCUCCGGAACGGUCCGCGUGUUCCUCCCCGUCGACGGCGGCGACGCCGAGAGGUGUGUUCAGAGCGGCCGUGGAGACGUGUGCCUGCUGCAAUGUGGUGCCACCUCGCUGAGCCCCCAGGUGGAGAACCCUCUGUGCCGUCGGGCCUUGCGGGAAGAUCUCUACUCGUGGGCGCAGGAGCAGGGGGUGCUCACGGCCGUGGGGUCCGACCUGGAAGACCGCCAGUACCAGCUACACCUGUCUGCAUUCUUCCUCUGUACCCUGAACUGGCAGGACCUGGUUGGACGGGGUGCUGCGGAUUCAUCAUUGCCAGGCGGCAGUGGCGCUCGUGGCGGCCCCGCCCAGCCCUGCACCACCCUGAUGGGAGAGAACCCGGCAUUUGAGUGGAACCGGCAGCCACGGGGUGCCUGUACUCUCCCCAGGGGGACCUCGGGGGCACCGGUGCCCUUGACCCCCGUGACCUCGUGCUGCGACCUUCACGUGACCUUGGCUCCCGCCAUGGUGUUUGCGGAGGUGGCUGCGGACGGAACUCAGCAAGAAGUCCUGGUGUGCGGACACUCGGUAGAGGCCAGCAUCCCCAGCGACCUCCACUGCCACUUGAGCCUCGACCAGCUUUCGCUGCUGCACCGCGUCCUGUCCCAGCUUUGGCACACCGGCACCUUGAUGGGCAAGUUUGCGUCCUCUUCAGCAGCCGGCGCUUCCGCUGAACGCGGCGCCUUCGCCGGACCUCGCGCCACCCCCGACUUCCGCGACAGCGGCCUCGAGAGCGACCUCUCGGAGGCUCCGGGGUCGACGCAAGCGGAAGGAGCGUCACAAAGUCCACUGGACUUUGUGCCUUUUGACCUCCUCCUCACGGCCGCCACCAUCUCGCUUACUCUCGGACUGGUGGAAGUCGACGAGAGGCCGUUGAGCGGCGGGCAGCGGUCGCCGCCUUGUAGCGACGAGGAUGAUGUCGGUUACGACGCUUCGGAGGACUCGGACAGCCAUGUGGGCGAUGAUGCGGCCACAACCUUGAGGCACCGCCGUGGCUCAGGUGGCGCUCGAAUGGUGCCCCUGGCCCGGGUGGUGGUGCUGCAGCCCCACGCUUUCCUCUCCUGCUCGCCCUCAGAGCAGCGGGCCGAGAUGUCCUGCUUCGAUGUUCAAGUGGGCGGCGUUCCAUCGGGCUUCCGUGCCCCAGGCUUCAACCUGUCUGAGCUGGCGAGUCCUGGAACUUUUGUGGAGCCCUGGCUGGAGACACGGCCCGGAGAGCCCCACCCAAAGACUGGCAUCCCUCCCUCACUCUUCACCCUCUCUCUCCAGGGAUUCCUCCUUCCACAAGUGAGCCUCUGUGUGAAGGUGGGUCGCCCCCUGAGGGUAAACCUGGGUGCGUCGAAAGUGGACCAGGCUCUGCAGUUUGCCGAGUUGGCAGCCAGCCAGCUGAUGACAGCUCGAUCGUCGCGAGCGCCACCGCCUCAGACUGCGCCCACUCCUAGCCGCACUUCCUCGUACACUGAAGCAGAGACUCUGGAGGUUACAUCACUAAAACAGUGGAGGCUGUCUGCCAAGUUAGAGACGGAUCAACUGGUUCUGGUGCUGGACUUUCCCAUGGAUCUAUCCAACUUCAAGGCCACACUAGCUCUGGAAAGCCACACGUCUGAGAUUGAUGUGGAGUGUUCUCCUCUGGGCAUGCCUCUGGGCCUGCAGAGCAGGACGACGCUAGCCGCCCUGCAACUGUAUGCGACGUCAGGACAACGCCGGGUUUCCCUGGCCGGACCCUCGACCGUGUCCCUGUGCACGGACACCUUCUGGGAGCGGCUCUCGGUCCUGCCGGCGGCUCACUGCAUCCUCCGAGUGCACUGUGACGUGGUGCCCCUCCGUGCCGGUCCCACGCAGCUGCGGCUGUGUGCGGCGGCGGCGCAGCAUGCCGUGCAGCUGAUCGCGUCUGUUGCGGAACGCUUGGACCGUCUCAUACCUCGUGUCGACGGCAAUGACGUCCAAAAACCAGCGGAAACGUCUAAGGAUGCCCAACACGGCACAUCAUGGUUGGACGACCUGCGCAACGGAAGCUUCCAGUACAUUCAGGAUGAUGGAAUUCCAAACCCCAACGAAAUUGUGUUCAGACGUCCCCUCAGAAGCGGGGAGCCCGGCGUGAUGACCUGGCGCUAUCCCGAGCCCCGGAUCCUGACGCGGGUGGAUGUCUACCCUGUUCCUUUCUCUUCCACUGGGAUGCAGAAUGGUUCUGUGCCACCCCAGCUGCAGUGCGACCUGCAAUACUGGGAGCCUUGCCAAGAGCAGUUUGUGACCUACCAGCAGUUUGAACUGUCUGAGAGCGAGCCUCAUUCCCUAGACCUGCCCUCGCUGGCGUUUUGCAGUCAGGACCAGCCGCCGCCCGUGGUGGUGGCAGACACUUGGCGGGUGGUCAUUCUGGCCGCCGAGCACCCUGCGUCUCGGCAUGCCGAGGAAGGGCCGACGUCGGCCGCCACCGCCAUGUCCCCGCUGGCCCUGGCAGCCUGCAUGCGGGUUGACUCGCACUUUGACCCCGGGCUGGUGCCGCGGCUACGGGCGAGCCUCUCUGUGGACACCUGCCUUCUCGUCCUCGAUGUCCCUUCUGCACCGGCAGCAGCCCCGCCGGGGCUCUGGCCCUUUGAACUGGAUGAGUCGAGCACUCCAGGGGACCUGGACUUUGCUGAGGUUUCUCUGAACCAGCUCUGCCUCUCCUACACUGGCUGGCAGCACAGGACAAACCUAGGGGUCAGCGGUCGAGUUUCUUGCGACGUCACUGAGCUGCACCACUUGUCUCGCCUGACCGUCCUGGAUCCCGUGGACAUCCGGGCUACAGCCGUGGUCUGCCAGCCUCCCAAUGGGGACCUGGCGAUUGAAGCGGAUCUUGUCAUCGAGCCGUGCUACCUGAGGGUUAGCCAGUCUGUUGUGCACACCCUCUCCACGGCUGCUGCCUUCUGGGAUAAAGACGCUGGAGUGAGCAUCCCACUCAGCUACAUUGCCGUCUGCAACGACACGCAAGACGUCGUCUGCUUUGGACAGGUGGGAACCAGCGAAAGGAUCGUCCUUCAGCCUGGCCACAUGCACACUUACACCUGGAAAAGUCGCAAGGCCCCUUUGCAGCUGCGUCUCUCGACCGAGGGUCAGCACUGGAAGUGGAGCAGUCCCUUCUCCCUGUCGAGCGGUGGAGAGGUCGCCAUGGAGGUGGCAUCCGGGUCGUCUUCUACCACCUUUCUGGUCAGGACUCGCUGUGGCCAUGGGAUUGAAUCACAGGUGAUCAUCUCCGGUCAGGUGACGUUACGCUGCCAUCUGCUGAGGGGUCUGCAAAUUCAGUUGAACCUCGCAGACCCAAACAGCAAGGAAGCCACGACGACGGCGCGUCCUCCCAAAAUGCGUUCCGUUCAAGUGGACCUCGGAGACGGACCCUCCAGGAGCCUUGUCCUCGAUCCGAAACGGAUCUACUCUUUUCACGUGUGCAGAGCAGAUCCAGUGGGGCCCAGCCAAACCGGACUGAGCGUCGCGACGACUUGGUCAAACGAGGUUGAGCUGCAGUCACGGUUCUCGAAGGACUGGGUUGAAAUAUUGGAGGUACCUCAGGACACUGGAGGCAAACUGCGGUUGUGGUGCUACUGUGUUUCGGGGCGCAUCGGUUUGUCUGCCAACGUAUUGGUGCUGGCGUUUGUGCCGCUGCACGUCCUGCGCAGCCACCUGCCCUGCAGCCUGCUGGUGCACCUGCAUCGGGGACCCCGGAAAGAGGAGGAGGAGGAGGGGAGGGCGGUGAGGGGCACAUUGUCCGUGCCCGGCCGGGGUCAGGACAGCCCCCUCCUCGUGGACCCCGUCCCCACAAGCCUCACCUUCCAACUGGGACCAGGCAUGAGGGUGUCCUCCCCUGCCCUCCAGCUGCAACCUCCGACGCUCGAUCACGAGACGUUGGUGGCAGACUCUGCCCGUAUUCUGGAGCAGCUGCGGGACCCCCAGUGGCCCCCCGGGUCACCAUACUGCAUUAAGUGGCCCUAUCACGACCCCCAACGCAUGGUCGAGGUGGACCACCUCGCGGAGAAAGGAGCGCUGCUACCGCAACUCUGCACUCCAUCAAGCUCAAGUCCCGAGCACCCUCAGGAGAUGCCCGAAACGGAGCUGCGGGUCAGCCAGUACCAGGACUUCCCGUUUGCGGGGACGGUGCUGGUGGACAUCAAGCCUUGGGCCCUGGUGGUUAACUGCACUGGGCAAGAGUUGCGCCUGGUCGCCGGCGACCACGGCGUCUGGACGCUCGCCGAGGGACAAGUGUUUGCACCACCUGCGCUUUACGAGCCAUUCUACUUGGGACUCGAGGACGGAGGCGACCUUCACUGCAGCAGUCGACCCCUUGUGGUGGACCGGGCUUACCUCCUCCAGAGGAAGGAAUCUCCACAAGCUCCACUUGACAGUGCAGAGCAGUUGCUGGUCGGAAAGCCGAUUCCGGUCUGCAUCCCUUUUCGGCGUACCGGCUCUUCGUCGAGGCUGGCCUGUCGUCUGGUGGCACUGGCCAGCGACUUCGAAGGCUGCUUGGUGGUGACGCUGCGAUCGGCCGUCUGCCUCACCAACCAGACGCCACUCCCGCUGACCGCCGCCGGGUUCGUCAUGGCCGCUGACCCGCCCUACGUCGAGCUCUGGACUGGAUCCAAAGAAAUGGCGGAGCAGUGCCGCCUGCAGCCUGGAGAUCGGCACGGCCGAGACACGGUGCCGCUCCUUUUCUGGAACGGCGACGACGAAGCCGACGACGGGGACACGGGGCGCUUGUACCUGAGCCUCGCUUUGGCCGGCGACGACCAGGAAACGUUGGGCAGUUGCGGCAGCCCAUGGAGCUUUCCCGUCGGCUUGGACAGCACCGCAUCGGACGUACGCCGCACCACGUCGGCUCCCAGGGUGGCCGGGGCACUGCAUACCACGGUGCCGCUCGUGGUCACGUGUCACACGAGGAGUGGCACCAUCUAUGCGGUGGUUGCACGCGACGCCAACCCGCUCCUGCACAUCUCCAAUGCCACGUCCGCCACGUUGGCGUUUGCGGAGAGCGGAGAGGCGACCGAGGGAACGCGAGGGUCCCUGAUGCUGUGGUCGGUGCCUCCGGGCUGCUCGGUGCACUUCACGCCGCCGAGCCUGUCGGCCCACUGCAGCGGGACGGCCCCAGGGUCCGAGCGGGCGACCCCGCAACUGCUGCUGGCCUGCGUGAGGGAGGGCGGGAGCCCACUCAUGUCCUGGAGCAGUCCUGUGGCUUGCGUGGACGUCGCCAACCAGUUUGUUCGCAUCCCCAACCUCGGAGAUGUCAGGGUCUCUGCCCACAGGGUUUGCCAGACCACCCACCUCCUGGUGCAAGUGGUAAGCCGGGCCGAAGUCUCCGCGAAGGAAAUCCGCAGCCGCAUCGGCGAAUCAGGACCCGUGAUGGAAGUGGAGCUGCGAGGUUCACCCGAUGAUAUGGCGCUUGGUGGCCAGACUGACCAAUCACUCCCGGUGACACGGUCCUCCCCACCACGGGUCCUCCAGGAAGACCUCCCCGCCGUCUCGCCUUUGGGUCGCUCCCUUCGCUUCGCAUCCCUGUCCAUCGCCAAACUCUGUCUUAUCAUCUGCGACGAGAGCGAUGACUACCGCACGAGCGACCCCCGAGACCAUCGACCCACCGAACUAAUCCGCCUCAGCUUAGACUCCCUCUCCUGUGUGGUCCGCCCCCGUGCAACGCACGUAACUCCCCACCACCCACCGCGAACCACAGGGGCGGCAACGGCAGCCAGCGUUGUCUACGAUCUGUUCGCGUUUGUGGGCGGUCUCCAACUUGACAACCAAUUGGCCGGCGGCGAGGUCUCGGAUGAGGUCUUCGACUUCCCGGUCGUUUUGGUACCGCAGGAAGACUCGGCACCCACGCAGGGCUGCCAGGACGCGGUGGCGUCUGUGACGCUCUCGCUGGAACUGCACCCCGGCGGACGCGCCGCGGUCGACUCGCUCGUGGUCAAGCUCCGCCCCCUCUCCCUUUUCGUCGAAGACACCCUCCUCUACAGGGUGGCACGGAUGGCCAGCUUCCUUCGCCCAGUGUGGUGCCACGUGCCAAUCGCGGCCAACACAGGCGACCGGCAGCUGUCGGCGGAGGUGGCGGAGUCGUCGCUGGCGCUGGUGCGGACAGUGCCCGUGAGGGAGCUGGUGCUGGAGCCACUGAUGGUGCGCUUGAGUGUGCACGCAUCGCUGAAGCUGUUCCUGUCGCUCAACGGGACACCGCUGAGCUUUGCACGGUUCAGCCGGACUAACCUGGUGACAGGGUGCUACCAGCUUGGGCAGCUGCUGACGCGGCACUAUGUCACAGGGGCCUUGUUCCGAGCAGGCUGGGUGGUGGGCUCCCUGGACCUGCUGGGCAACCCGACUGGCCUGGUGCGGGCGCUGGGCUCGGGGGUCUCUGCCCUGGUGGUGCUACCCUACCGGGGCUUGGUGCAGGGCCGCCCCUGGGCCUUCCUCAUGGGCGUCUCGCACGGCACCUCCACCAUGCUGCGACACAUCUCCUCCGGUGCCCUGAGCUCAGUGACCCAGCUGGCUACGAGCGUGUCACGGAACUUGGACCGCCUCUCUUUGGAUCCGGAGCACCUGGCCUGGAAAGAGUCGCUCCGCACCGGACCUUCCGCCGGUCUUGGGCAAGGACUCUCCACUCUGGGCAUCAGUCUCCUGGGUGCAGUGGCAGGUAUUGUGGACCAUCCGAUGCAGGCGUUGAUUCAUGAAGAGAGCCGUGGCCCCACGGGCUUUGUCAAGGGCCUGGGUCGCGGUCUGGUGGGCGCUGUUGCCAAGCCCAUCAGUGGUGCGGCUGAACUGGUGGCCCAAACUGGCAAAGGCAUUCUGCAGGGCACUGGGUGGGGCGAGUGUUCCAGGAGGCGGCACCAAGCCCAGCCGUACCAGGACGGUCCUAGCUCGGAGGCACGACUCAGGGCCUCGCUGUCGGGUCAGGAACUGUUGCUGGCACUGCGAGUGGAGCUCCUGCAGGACGGAAACGCGAGCCAGCCAUUCGUGCUUGUUCUCACCUGGCAGUGCCUGUUCCUCCUGAGUGAAGCGGAUGGUGUCGUGGAGCGUUGCUUUCCCCUGCUGGAGCUGAGCUGUACGGGGUCGCCUGUCGACCCCUCCAGAGUUGCUCUCGACCUUGAGCCACCGCAGUCCGGGAUGCAGCACGACAGGGCAAGCGCCUUCUCCCUCUUGUUUCGUGCAUCGUUCGGGCAGCAUUAGAAAGUUUCAGCAUAGUGUUAACAGCACACUGUUUCCCUUACUGCUCUGCCAGAACUAGGUCUGAAGCGUAACCAACUGUCAUCUUGUACCAC